UCGCUCGGCGCUCGGCGGCGCGCCCUGCGCUCGGCCCCGCCCUCUCGGCUGUGCUAUCGCUGGCUCGGCGCGCCGCUCCCCGCAGCGCUCGCUGGGCCCGGAGGCACCACGGACGAUGCUGCACCCCGCCCGGGUGCGAUGCCGCUGAAGAGCACGGGCCUGGUCGGGUGCCGCUGAGACCCGUCGAGCCGUCAUGGCAUCGAGCUACCCGCCGCCGUUCGAUGACCCCGGGGAGGUGCGAGAGGGCUUCCUGUGCCCACUGUGCCUGAAGGAUCUUCAGUCCUUCUAUCAGCUUCAGUCGCACUACGAAGAGGAGCACUCGAGUGAAGACCGGGACGUCAAGGGGCAGCUCAAAAGUCUGGUCCAAAAGGCUAAAAAAGCCAAGAAGAAACUGUUGAAACGAGAAAGUGAUGACCGAGCUGAUGCUGGGUCUCAGGAGCGAUAUGAGUCAUUCAGCUAUGGCGGAGUGGACCCAUACAUGUGGGAGCCCCAAGAACUAGGUGCCAUGAGGAGCCAUCUUUCAGAUUUCAAGAAACACCGAGCAGCCAGGAUUGAUCACUAUGUUGUCGAAGUCAAUAAAUUAAUAAUCAGGUUAGAGAAGCUGACGUCAUUUGACAGAGCAAAUACAGAAUCAGCUAAAAUAAGAGCAAUCGAGAAAUCUGUUGUGCCUUGGGUCAGUGAUCAGGAUGUCCCUUUCUGCCCGGACUGUGGUAACAAGUUCAGCAUUCGGAACCGACGUCACCACUGCCGUCUUUGUGGGUCCAUCAUGUGCAAGAAAUGUAUGGAGCUUGUCACCCUUCCUUUGGCAAGCAAACUCACAAGUGCCAGCAAAGAGGCCUUAGCCUCUCACACCAGCCCAAACUCUUCACCUAACAGUAUCCAGGGGUCCCGUCGUGGCAGCAUUAGCAGUGUAAGCAGCGUGAGCUCAGUUCUUGAUGAGAAGGAUGAUGAUAGAAUCCGCUGCUGUAGGCAUUGUAAAGGCACCCUGCUGAAAAGAGAGCAACAGAUUGAUGAGAGAGAAUUUACUCCAGAAAUUGUGAAACUCUAUGAGAAACUCAGACUUUGCAUGGAGAAGAUUGAUCAGAAGGCCCCGGAAUACAUAAGGACAGCAGAAUCGUUAAAUGCGGGAGAGACCACCUACAGUCUUGAACAUGCGAAUGACCUGAGGAUAGAAAUCCAAAAAGUAUAUGAGUUAAUAGAUGCCUUAAGUAAGAAGAUUUUGACUCUAGGUUUGAAUGAAGAUCCCCAACCACAUCCCAAAACACUACAACUUCAACGAAUGAUCAGAUACUCAGCUACACUUUUUGUACAGGAAAAACUGCUUGGCCUGAUGUCCCUGCCAACCAAAGACCGGUACGAAGAACUAAAAGAAAAAAGAAAACAGGAGCUCGAGAGAAAACUGCAAAUGGCAGCACUUGAAACACAGAGAAAACAAGAGGAAAAACAGAAAGACAUGGUCUCCAGAUCCUCAGCUGCACUUAAUGGUGAGGUACCUCAUCUAAAGAAGGCCACAGUAAAAAAAUCUGAAGGUUGGUUGCCUACAUCCAGUGUAUCUCACCAAAGGGAGAUAGCAGACCCCCUGCUCCAGCAGAUUGAUAAUAUUACAUCCUUUAUUAAGCAAGCAAAGGCAGCUAAUCGGAUAGAUGAGGUCCGUAUGUUACAAGAGAACCUGCGGCAACUUCAGGAUGAGUAUGAUCAACAGCAAACUGAGAAAGCUAUCGAGCUUUCUAAAAGGCAGGCUGAGGAGGAAGAAAUGCAGAGGGAAGAACUUCAGGUCCUUUGUGAAAAGGAGUGGGAAAGGGAGCAGCACAAAGCAAUGUCUCAGCACUUAAGGACACGUUCCUUAGACUUCAGAGAAAUAAAGCAGCACCAGCAUGAGGUUGGGAAAGAAAAUCGGAACCUGAUAGCGCAUAUAUUGGACUUGGAUACCACUCAAAUCAAAAGCAGCCCCAGCUCCAAAACACCUUCUCCGAACGCUGCUGAACAACUGGCAAGUAAAGAGAAAACAGUCUUCUCAAUUAAAACUGGAGAAGCUUCCCAGUGUGACAGAGACCAAAAUCAGACAUCUCUAAACCCUUUUGAAGAUGAGGCAGCUACUACUCUAAUAGAUGAAGACUCUACCAACCGUUUUGCUGAAGACGCUGCUCAAGUGAUGUCUUUCCCCACCAAAGCCCUGUAUAAUGAUAAAAAAGAAUAUAAUCCAUUUGAAAAUGAUGAGGAAGAUGAGGAAACAAAUGGGGCAGCUGUGAGUUCUCCAAACCCUUUUAAGGGUGAUGGAGACCCGUUUCAAAAGGGUAGGAGUUUUCAGAAUUCUGGGAAUCCAUUUGAGUCAUCCUCCACCAAUCCCUUUGAAGUUGAUGAUGAGGAGAUCUCGGGGGAGGAAGUCAUAGAAGAAGAACUGCUUCUCCAACAGAUAGAUAAUAUUAAGGCUUACAUCUUUGAUGCCAAACAUAGUGGACGGAUGGAUGAAGUGGAGGUACUGACAGAGAACCUGAAGGACCUGAAGCGCACAUUGGCAAAGCAAAAGGAGAAAUCCAACUGCUGAAACUAGUAUCUUCACAGAAGAAUAACUCGCUAGUCCACUGUUUAAUGCUGGUGCGUGGAACAAGUGGAAUUAUAAAUAAGGAGCACAGGUUACAAGAGGGAAUUAUGAAAAUCUUGAAUUUUAUGCACUUUUUGUUUAGGUGUUUCCACUACUAUUCAGACUUGGGGAAUGAAAAUGAGGAAGGAUGCUAGUGCUAUUGUUCUCAGACAUUUUAAAUGAGAAUUUUUAAAUUAGUUUGGUUACAACCACAUUUUUAAACAUUAAUUAUUCCUAUCACAUGCUUAUUUCUGGUCAAAUUACAAACUGCCAGUGGGGAAACCAGUGGUUGAGAAGUCUGACAACAUAGAAGUCCGACUGCUAUCUUUCCCUCUGAUUUUGUUGCAAUAUUAUAGAUUGGACUUUCAAAUUAACACAAAACCAGAACUAGUACCUAAAAGUUCUAUGCAUCAUCUCUGUCCCCUAAGAAUAAUGCAAGUGAGGCUAGCUUAAAAUGCCUUCAUAUUGUAGAAGAAAGUGCUGUUAAAAAGCAGGCUGCUACAGUUCUUUAAGCUGCAAAAUACAAGGCUUUUGAACAAUUUGUGCAAUGCAAACAUUUAAAGGGAUUUUAGGGAUAUAAGAGAACAUAAGUGAUCCCCUAAGUGUAAUUUUUUUUGUUUAUAACAAUUUCCAGGGAAGCUUUGAUGCUGCCAUUUUGUUUCUCCAUCUUUUUAGCUACUUACAUCUGUUCUGGGCCCAAAUGACAGUAGUAAAAAAAUAGAGGUCUGAACUGUGUUUAGGGGAGAGCUGUUCCUGUAGAGAAAUAAAAAUCUAGCUUCUCCCAUUUAGGAGGAGCGCAGCAGCACCAUUUCAAGCUCUGUGGAGGAAAACUUUGAAUUCCUAAUGACUUUUUUGGAAGCUGCACAUUCCUUUAAUCUGUGGGUGACAGAAUGAUCAUGUGUGUCCUACCUGUGAGACUGGAACCUUUUUUAUGUAGCACUCCAGGGACAGAAACCUUGCGUGCAAUGGGAAAGCUGAAAAGCUGCUGUACUGGAAUAUGGUGAAAAAGUUGGGACAAAGUUUGGGAUUCAUAAUGCCUUUCAGCCAUUUGAUUUGAGACCUGACUUACUUCCUUUUAAAGGGAAUAUGAAUCAAACUCAACUGCCAUGCCUAAGAAGAAUGAAUGUAUUUUAACUACCAAGCAGAUGAGGCUUUGUUAGGAUCCGUGUGAAUGAUGCCCAGAAUUAGACACCUAAAUUCUAGUACCUACAUCAAGAUUUGCUUCAAUGGGAGAUGCAACAGCCUGUAUCUCUGAAAAAAAUGCAUCCUGUUUGUCGAUGUCUUCCACAUUUUUAGACUUAGAUUUUUUCAUUUGAGGCACCUGUAUGUGGAAGUCUUUUUUGGUCUAAAAUGAAUGUGGGUUUUAAAGAUGAAAUAGAGAGUUGUUCAGGUGGACCACGCCACAUGACACUACUACUAGUGCACAAACUUGCAGAUAUGAAUGGGUGUGGGACGCGAUAUUGUUUUUAACUUUAUUUCUGAUAGUUGGGCUAGCAUGGUUCUAACCUGAGCAUCACUUUAACCUACACCUUUUAAAAAUAUUAUCUUCCUGCCUAAAAUUCACAAUCGGGUUCAGGGUAUCUUCCCGUAUUUUUUCCUUAAGGACACUUGGCUAGUAACUAAUUUAAACAGUAAUUUUAGAGCAGUUGCAUAGAAGGCAGGCUUUCUUAAAAAAACAAACAAACUAGUAGCACCCAAAACCUGCAGUUAUAAAUUGAGCACUUACAGGUUGUGGCAUUAAAAUUGGAGUUUGGGUCUCUGUGGGUCAUUUAACUGCAUUUUGCACUGGGUUAAACCCAAUGUAACUGAAUUGUUUUGUAGGUGUGAGAAAUGCAUCCAUAUCUCAGAAAUCCUUUGUGGUACCUCUAGGGGUGGCAGCGCAGGGUUCAUCAACAUAGAGAAAUGUACAUCACGGCUGGCUUUGAGUUUAAUCAAUCUGCAAAGUGGUUUACAUUUUUAAGGGGGGGGGGGGACUACUAAACAGUUACUUAUCCAACGCUGAACUGUUCAUAUUAGAACAGGACUGGUUCUGGCCCACGAUUUCUCUUGUUCUCAACUUCAAGACGAAAUGACUGGUUCAGAGACUUCAGCUUCUUACAUUUGAAAAUAGUGGUUUUCUUCCUUGUUGCCAAUAUCCUGCCUUGUUUGUAUUUUAUAGUCUAACACACUAAUUACAUAUACUUAUUGUACUUGUAACUUCAUGUAUUUUUACAAGCAGAUAACAUACCAUACUAGUGUACCUCAUGAUCUUGGUCCAUGUUAAACGAAUAGACUAGAUCUCUUAUGUUAAAGUGACGGAUCUCCAAAGUGAAAACCUCAUGGCUGUGUAUGGACUGCUACAGAGAUCAUGUUGUAAAGCAGAAUGAAGACAUUCUACCAUUAAGUGAAAUAACUAGCAUUGACAUUUGUUAAACUUGCAUGCACUACUCUAUACUGAAACUUUGUAAAGAAACUAAAUAAAAUAACAUGUUUAUUUUGU